AUGAUUUGUCCCUUUUCUACUGACUUACCUCCAUAUGCCUACAGUCUGCCACAAAUAUUCUAUACAAUAACCAUGGCUGAAGAUAAAUGGCCACAGCUAAGAGAAAUCUUAGAAUCAACAGACAAUAAUGAUAUAUUACCAACCAAUCGCCCAUUACACGUCUACAUGUUUUAUCGCAACUACUUAAAUAAUAUCCGUAGCAAAUUAUGGAAGAAUCAAAAUUUAGCCAGGUGGGGGAAAUGGGAACACUAUUUUGAACAUGAUGAAUUUCAAAAUAGAGGAACAAUACAUACACAUAGCUUCGCCUACACUAAAAAAAAAAUUCCUGAAUUAAUUCACCUUAAUUUGAUUCGUGUCAACGUACCAGACCCUAAUACCGAACCUGAACUAUAUCGUCUAGUUACAAUAUUCCAAAUACACUAUUGCGAUCACAAAUGCGGAGGACCAACCUCCAAUGGUGAACAAUGUUCUAAAGGUUUUUCCCAACCUCUGUCCCAAAUAACUUACUGUUCGCCUAACACUUUACGCUAUGUUUAUCGUCAUACUAAAGAAGAAGAUCGCAUGGUCAUUCCAUACCACCCUGAAACCCUAUUAAUCUGGAGAGAACACAUAAAUUUUCAAUACAUUACUAUUACUGGAUUUGCAAAAUAUAUAACAAAAUAUGUAACUAAAGCCGAACCCUCAGAACUCUUUGAUAUUGAUGAAAAUGACGAAUAUAGAUGA